AUGGCCACUCAGCGGACCUUCUGCCGAGCCGCCGUGCUGCAGCGGGGCCCAUGCGCCGUGGCGGCCGCAGCCGCAGCGAUCCGCGACCAGCUCGCCGCACACCCUCACCUGCCGCCGGACCUCGUAGCGAACUUGAUGGCAGCUGCGGACGCCCUGGAGGGCAAGGAGCCUGCGCCGGCGCCUGCUGCAGCCGUGCACGACCCAGCCGACGACGUUGAGGUGACCACCAGCGACGGCGACAAAAAGCAGCGGAAAGACAAGCGCAAGCGGCGCGACUCAGAGGCGCCGCCGCCGGCAGCAGAGGCAGGGGUGCACGACGGACAGGCAGCAGCGGCUGUGCCGGCAACCCCAGAGGGCGGCAAGCCUGCUAAGAAAAAGCACAAAAAGGACAAAGGCGCUGCAGUCGUAGCGGUGCCAGGGUCAGCGGCAACGCCCGGCGCUGCCACUGGUCCAGGCGAGCAGCAGCAGCAGCAGCAGCAGCAGCAGCAGCAGCAGCAGCAGCAGCACAAGCAGCAGCAACAGCAACAGGGGCAGCAGCAACCACACAACAGAAAGCAGAAGCACAAACAUAAACAGCAGCCACCACCUGAUGGCGGGGGCAGCGCCGGCGACGGCGUGGCGGCAGCAGACGCCGGCAGCAGCGGAAAGCACCGGCAUGAAAACGGAGUGCCGGCUGACACCGGCGGCAGCGGCUUGCCCAGCAAAAAGGAGGGCGCACCCAACAGCGGCCAGCAUGAAGACGCCCACAGAGAGAAGAGUGCCAAGAAGAAGCACAAGGACAAGGAGAGGAAUCAGGACAAGGCUAGUGCCAAAGCUACGCUCAAAAAGAAGGAAAAGGACAAGGUCGGCAAGGAGAAGGGGAAGAGCGGCGGCCAGUAG